AUGGUGUACGUCGACUGGAAGAAAAUACUACACGGCAUGCCUGCAACAUCGAGCAACUACAGCAAUGAUGAUGAUGACAUUAUGAGGACAACAUUUGAGAUUCAGGAUUUGUUGCAUCGCAUCAUCUCAAAGCUUUCGCACCGUAUGCAUGGUUUGAUAUCGAUUGGCAACUUUGAAUGGGCUUUGAACGAUGCUGCAGCCAUACGAACGCUUGAUCCUUCGUUCUCCGAUGGAUAUCUAUGUGCAGCAGAAGUUUAUCAUCAGCAAGGCGAUAACCAAGCAGCCAUUGAAAUAUGCAAUGAAGGCUUAAAAAUGAUUCAUCCAUCCGAUCCUGUAUAUGCUACUCUGUGCUCAAUGGUUACCAAAUUGCCAACGGAAACGCGAGUCGACUUUAUAUCUUCAUUACCCCUGGACAUCACAAGUCGUAUUGCAUGGAUGAUAUUCACAAAGGGACACCCUACCAAAAAUCGAAAGCAAUAUCCAUGCCUGCAGGUGUCAAAAGUUUGGAACAAACGAUUACUGGAAGCGUAUAACGCACUUGAAUUGCAUGUUGUCAAUAGCAACGGUUUUGACAAAUGGGAGCCGCACAUAGUACGUUACGGGCAUCACAUGACAUCUUUGACCAUUGAUCGGUGUACGUCGCCAUCAUACAAGUUGCUUGAGAAAACAAAGUUUGGUUCAUUGACAACGUUGUCAAUAAAAGAUACACCUCAGGAUAAAGACACCUAUAUGAUGGCAAGGUUACUACGCUCCUUGCAACAAAUGCCAACAACAUUGACAACACUCACGAUCAUUGCUCCGACAAUGUUACCUAUCGCUUCAAUACUCAAUUCAUUGCCCCAUUUGUCGUCAUUGGAAUGCUCUUCAAUUGCAGUAGACCCAAUCAUGUUGCAUUCGGCUUAUCUAAAGAUGGAAACUUUCAAGUUACGCUGCACAAUGUAUGCCGAUUAUGAGACCGCAUCAUGUAUCCUGCCUCGAUUUCCAUUCCUCCGUACUCUUUUAUUUGACGCAAUCACCGACCGAUUUCCAAAGAUCUUGGCACAGCUACCCAAUUGGUGUCGUAGGCUACAGCACAUUAAUUUGGGUGUUGAGCAUAGUGCCAAGCAUCACAUGACACCUGGAGGUGUGACAAUUAUCCUAGCAAUGAAGGAUGCAUCAUGCAGCAGCAGGGACAUCAUCGCGCUCUUAAAACAUUAUGCAGCUGAUCUCGAAAACGUGGCGUUUCAAAUAUCCCUCGAUGACUUUCCAAAGCAUUUUAUCAUGCCUGUUCAAUUCAAACGACUAAAGUGUAUGCAAAUAGCGUAUGGUGAUACACCUAUUACCAAUGAACGCUUGUGUGAGUGGUUGUUACGGCAUGCUCCUUUUCUGAAAGCAAUCCAUGUCCACAGUGCUAGAUCAGCAGGCAUAUCCGUAUUCAAUGCAAUGAUAGGACUGGCUCGGUUAAGAGUUGUGGAAAUUCCAUUCUCGUCGGAUACUAUCAAAGGUCAAGCUUGGUUCUUGAAGCACCAUCAUACAUUGGGUACCAAAUCAAGUCUACGAAACCUCAUCAUCCGAUUUGUUGGUGGCACUUUUAUCACAGGACAUACACUGCAGCGUGUGGCUGGAUUAAAACAUUUGGAACAUUUGUCCAUUGUGGAAGAGAAUGAUUAUGGCGGUGUAUUUCAUCAAACACCAAGGCUCAUGUUUGAGAGUCUCAUUCGUGGAUGCACGUCAUUGACACACCUAACCUUGGAUGCUUUUACGUGGAUUGAUCAAGCAGUCAUUGACGCAGUGGCAAAAUCAAAAAGCCUCAAGCACCUGACGCUCAUGGUGGACGACGUUUCUCAGACAACAAUAUGCCCUUUAAUUUCAUGUCCUCAGCUCAAGACGAUUCAUUUAUCAACUAACAAGUCAAUGGUACCAGCAUCUGAUCCAGCUACUCAAAGAGAAAAGACGCUACGGCUGGUUUUCUCCAAAAGGGCACCAAGAUGA